UGCAAUUUCAUUUGUUGUUAUGGGGAUGACGAGUUCGAUGGUAUUUGUCACUCCCGCUGAAUCAAGUGUGAAAAAUAAGAAGAAUCCAUCAGCCUUUUUAGACUCAGUAUUAGAAAAGAUAUGAAACUAAGAGAUUUCAUAGGAGUUAUUUUACUGGUCUGUGUGUGGACAUCACGAUCCAUCGAUGCACUGUACAGCAAACCAUGUAACACCGCUAAUCAUAAUGAGCUUGGCGUCAAUGGAGGAAUCAUCCCUGACGAGAGUAUCACGGCGUCCAGCUUUUCGGACGACACUCACAAGCCGGCACGCGCUAGACUAGACCAGGACGCGUCCGGACAGCAGGCCACGAGCUGGUGCGCCAAGGACAAUAACAAGGAACAAUGGCUCCAGGUGGAUCUAGUUGCCGUCCGAAAGGUCACUCAUCUUGCGACUCAAGGCCAGUUUGACCCGCUUCAAGUGGGCGGUAAUAAUUACGAUACCAGCUGGGUCACGGAGUAUAUGUUAGAGUACAAGAACGAAAAGGAUGCGAGUUACAGCAAGUAUAGCUACGCAAACGAACACCCAUUAGUGUUUGCGGGGAAUACUAAUGGUAACGAGACGACAUGCCACGAGCUACCUUACCCACUCAACGUGCAGUACAUCCGCUUAAGACCUGUCGCGUGGAAAAACAAGAUUUGCAUGCGCGUUGGUCUGUUUGGAGAGAAAAACGCAACAGCAAUUUACAGCGGCCCUGUGAUGCCCACCGCUCCUGUACUGAAUGACACGUGGUGGUGGACAUUUUUCUGGAUUCUUGUGUCUGCACUGCUUCUGGCUAUGCUUGUAUUCAUGUUCUUGUAUUUCUGCUACAUACGAAAAAGGAAGGUGGUCCGCCAUAAGUCCACAGUAAGAAAGUCCAAGUCUAAGCCGGUGGCGUCAACUCGUAGAAUUAAAGAAGCGUACGCGAACGAGGCUUAUAACAUGACCAUCAUCACGCAUAGCCACACCACGACGGUCACCAUGCCUGAGCAGGCGGAGGAAGCAGAGGAGGAUGAAGUGCAAGAAGUGACGGCCGAGUUCUCCGCAGAAGAAGUCUUGAACAAGCGCGGAAUUAUUGGCUUCUCGGUUACUGAUGAGGACGAUGAAGUCCCUAAGAACGACGAUAUUGAGAUUCCUCAUGGCGAGAAUAUGAUACGACGAGGAAGUCAGGCAAGCAGUGAGAGCAGCAACUACCAUGAUGUGAACAAAAAAUAGUCUACCGUUCCAGCUUGCAAGCUUUAAGUCAUCAAUCAAUCCAUUCUUCCUUAGCAGUGAAUCGAGCAGCUUUGUUCGGCUAUGUAAACGUAUUUUACAUCCGUAAAUCGGAGUUCUAGAUGCAAUCUUAUUGAAAGUCAGACUAAAAGUGUUUACCCAACUGAAAUAUUUGUGCAAAUUUUAAGAAAAAAACAGAAUCAUAACUUUCGCUAUUGAUGGACUGAAUGACAGAGUAGAGUUUAUCACAACAAUUCGCUACUUGAUGUCAGAGGGUCGACGGUGCAGUACUGAAGGCGCUAGUUUCAGUGUUAAUGCAUUGUUGCUAUUUCAAUAUAUUUUGUAUUUUAAGUUUUAAUUAGUAAAAAUUCGGACAUGUGAAUGAUAAGGAUAAGAAUAUACAAGAAAAUAAAAAAUUGAUUAAACGGGUUUUAUUUCAUCAAUUUCAUAUCUACACUACCUACAUUAUAAAAUAAUGCAAACCACGCAAAAGCUAAAAUUAGAUAAAAUUUGGCUUUGCCCACUCUUCUAUAAACUAUUUACAUGGAAGCGCUAUUAAUAUAAUAACACCUAAUAUGGGGCCAACAAGCGACGACGUGUAGAAAGUACGUCACACAGCGCAAAAACGUAACAUGACGCCAAUAGUUCCAAAACAUGUCAUGGCGCCAAAACGCGACAUGGCGCCAAAACGCGACAUGGCGCCAAAACGCGACAUGGCGCCAAAACGCGACAUGGCGCCAAAACGCGACAUGGCGCCGAUAAUUUCGUGACGUAUAACUAACUAGUCUCUAUUUCUUAUAAUAGUAAACACUUCGAAGGAUACCAUAGAACCCAAUAUACUAUUCUAUAAAUAUAGAACAGGACGUAACAUGGCGCCGUUAAUGUAACGGGCCGAAAUCAUGUAUAAAUAGCCGAAAAGCUGGCCCAUUUUUUGUAACUAGAACAGCGACAGUGAUGAAAUAAAAAGCAUGCGGUAUAAAGAAAGAACUUUGAGGAUCACUUGGUAAAAUUUGAAUCAAUAAAAUAGACAUUCAAUAUG